AUGAUCCGCACGCGCGAUCCCCGCAUCCGCCAGCGGAUCAACCAGAUCUCCCAUAAUCUCGAGUCCGCGAACGAAACCGCCCAGGAGGGCCUGUACACGUUCUCUCACAAUUAUAUCUCUCCGUGUCUGGCUUCAAUCGGAAAUUGUGUCCAAGCAUGUACAGCGCCGUGCCUUCCAAGUCGCGAGGAACACCUCCGUCGCCGCCGACGCGGGCGGGCCGAGGCUAACUUCGAUUUCUACGACGACUGGGAGAAUGAAGAGGCUGAUGAUAGUCUGCUUGGAUGGGGCACUGGUGAACUUGACCGUCUCUUGGCAGGCAGUGGUCUAACCCGAGGCGGUGCAGAGCAACCGCGGCGCCAGAGGAGGAUGAGCUAUGGGACACGUAACACAAGGCGGAGGAGCACAGUACACAUCCCAGACAAUCGUGCCGACCCAACUGUCAUCCCAAGCUCUUCGUUGAUUGGGUUUUUGGAGCGCUUUCCCUGGCGAUUUGGAGCAAAAGGAGUAAAGUACCGGCCUUCAGCGGCAGAUUUACAGGAACACCCAGGCAGCACCCGAUUCCUUGCGCAGGAGAACGAGCCAUUGAUGGAAGCCGCCGAAGAUGACUGUGGUCCGAUAUCAUACCAGAACAAUGGGCGAAAUCGGAGUGGUACACAGUCAUCACGCGGGACAAGUAAUUCUCUCAGCUCCCGAGGCGACCUAUUCCCAAGUGAUGAAGAGGAGGAUGCCGUUCCACUAGACGAUGAGUUUGCACUUGUUUUUGGGCGUCGGAGUACUGGCUUAGAAUCAGAUGAUCAGUCUGGCACAAAACCAGAGAUGGUGAGAUCUGCUUCAGGCACAUCCAGUCUAGGCGACGCGUCAUCAAAAAAGUCGAAGCGCAAAAAGAAAAAGAAGCGGUCAUCAACAAAGUCCGCGAUUAGCUCGGAUCCGGAUCUUAUUCACAGCCUCGACACGCCCUCAAUAGCAGACCUGAAAAUAGAAGACGACCGCGCCGCGCGCGAAGAAGAGUCCGUCAUUGAAAGGAAGCGACUCGCAGCGCAUGAACUAGCAUUAAAAAGGGGCCUGGAUUCAGGCACUACUGAUACGAUGUCUACACCACUUGAUUCCAAGAUACAGGCUACGGGACUCUCCCCCACCCAAAGCCCUUCUGGAGGCCACACUCGACAAUCAAGCAACUCCUCUGGUCAACGCUUUACAAGCGAGCAGAUCGAGCCAUUCCCUUCUUUUCCGCUGCAACAAUCCUCACUGCCAGGCUCCCCUGGUGUCACAGCAGCCUCCCCCAGACCUAGCUCUUUGAAUGACCCAGACCCUAGUCAUGGCCCCAGCCAUUACGAUGGUAAUACACCUCACUAA